AUGGGAAGGAGAGGUGAAACAGUGAAGGUAAUAGUGGAUAGAUAAACAAUGUUCUAAUGGAAUUUGUCCUGAAUGCGUUGGGCAGGUUUGCGAAUUCGUCUAGACCUUCUCAGGAAAGUGGCUUCGGCAUCUGCACCGCCUUGUGGAGUCACUUGUUCCUCUGCCCCCAGGUUAACGCUGGCAGGGGUAGAAGGAGGAGGGGGAACAUGCAUCUCGGCUGGUGGCGUUGUGCUCUGUGCAGGCAGUAGAUGUUCAGUCCUCGGGAUGCCAGGAUCCCUAUCAAGGGUUGCUGGCAGUUCGAACCUCUCCAAUUCUCCACCUACUGUGUCCGUUCGGCUGCGAACUUGAGUCAGAUGUCGACGCGCAAUUCUUCCAUCUUCUAACUCCAAUUCUCUUAUUUGCCCCUCGCUUGUUCAAACUACCGCUGGAAACCAGUGCGUUUCGUGUUCUAGUCGCGUGUAGACACUUUCCUUUGGCGCGAUGACUCGUGGGCGCGUGUUCACAUCAUAUCGUGCUUUCAAAUUCGUCUGUUUUUUGAUGACUCUAUCAUGCGUUGGAGGAUCGAGCAGGUCGAGUCCUGUGCACAAUUGCGGCGAAACACCUGUUGAGUUGUUUGGUGUUAUGCGAUGGCUAAAAAAAGCGUGACAGCUUGGUCGCCAGGUCCGCUUCCGUCUGUUUGGCGAGUCCGUACUUUAUUGUCUGAACUGCACGCUCGGCGAAGCCAUUAAAUUCAGCGUGGUACGUGGCAGUGGUUAAAUGCCUAAUUCAAAUUUUCUCCAUGAAUUCUUUAAAUUCUGCACUAGUUAAUGCCGGACCAUUGUUUGAAACGACAAUUUCAGGUAUCCCGAAAAACGAAAAAAACAGUUCGCAACUUGUUGAUUGUAAUCAGUGAAGAACAGGAAUUUCCUGUCGUAAUCGCAUCAAUCUAUUUAGCGUGGUUUUCUGUGUUAUUUGGCACACGUGACAAGCUUCCACCCCAUUUUCGAUAUCUGCGUCAAUUUUGGGCCACCAAACAUGGCUGCGGACGAGACCUUUCAUUCUAACUGUACCAGGAUGAGCAUUAUGCAGGUCUCUGGGAAUGGCCCGUGGGCCUUGUGGUGGAACAUCUGCACGAUUACCCCGUAGUAUGCAUCCGUCUUCUAGACUCAACUCGUUCUGACGACUGAAGAAUGGUUGAAAAUCAGGAGAGGAAGAAAACGGCCAGCCGGAUACCAAGGCUCUUUUUAUUCGACUUAAAAGAGCGUCUUUCGAUGCCCAAUAUCUAAUUUAUUGACAGGUUACAGUUGCGCUGACUAGGUUCUACAAAAAAUUCACGGUUUCAAAAACAAGUGCAUCGUUAACGUCAUCGUCUACAAUGGGAAGCCUACUCAAGGCGUCACCACAUGAACCGACAAGUAAUGGAGUUUCACCACAUGCUCAACUUCUGCUGUAAAGACCCUUCGGAAAUCUACGUUCUGUCCAGUGUAACUACGCAACCUUAGGCUAGUCGGAAGGAGGGAGGGUAAUUUCUGAAGAGAGGCUUCAUUGAUGAGAGUAACAGCGUCGAUUCCAAACUUCAGGGGAUGGCAAUCAACCGGAAGCGCGAUGGUGUAGGGCGAUUGGAGCGGUGCUUUUCCGAAGACAUUCAGAGUAUCGCCUCGCCAUCCCCGGCUGGAUUAGGGUAGGUCGCACGCGUGUUAGUGUUCGCUCGUCUUUUGGAGAAACGCACUCAUUCCCUGUGGCCGAUUUUCUCGCAAAAACGACAAACCGUCUUCUAGUGUUUACAGUCUGGCCGACCGAUAUGAUGCUGACCACAAAGGUGGCAGGAUGGUAGUUGUUUUGAGGGAGCUGAUGGUUGCUGUUUAGGUGAAGACGCAGCAGUGUGGACCAGACAGACAGUCAAUUCAGGUUCCAAGGAUGAUAUCACUCCACCGUUUGACUGAUUCAGCUGCAGAAGGUUAUGUCGUACGCGCUCCUGGUGACUGGCGAUAUCACAGGCUUUCUUCCAUGAAAAAUCCCUCUUCUCCGAUAAGAGCUUUCCUGAGCUUUUUCAUCGUACAAGCCAACGAUCAACUGCUGAACCAGCAUUGCAUGCUCGAAGUUGUCUGUCUUUUUCUCUUUUUACCCACAGUCCUAGAUUUACAGAGAGAAAUUCGUGCUAAAAUCACCGACACAUUGAUUGAAUUCCUGACGCAUUUGACAAAACCGACAGAGACUGAGGAAAACGUUGUCUUUUCCUUCUCACGUUGACUCGAAUUUUGUGAAGGCUGUUUGGAGAUCUGUAGCACCUUGUAAAUCGAGGGCAUCGCAAUAUCGUUGUCCCAACUCUCCGAGAUUCGUCCGGAGGCGUUCCAACUUAGAUGGGACGUCUAGUACAAUUGUGGGUGAUAAAAUCGGAAGUAGUUCGAUGUAAUCCUCAAGUGUCUUUCUCCAUUGCAACCACGACACAUUUGGGGGUUUCUGAGUGUUCUUUGGCCAGAAAGGUAACGAUGUAGGCAGCAAUAAAGACAUUUUCGUUAGGCUGCGUAGCCAGAAGGUUAGUUGUAACCAGGACGUGUACUGAGAACGAGAGACAGCAUAAGUGAGAAGACUUGUGGAAACGGACGGUUGGAGGGCAGGGGGGAAUGUCAGAGGCUGAAGAGUGGCUAAUUAGUACAAAGAAGGUCUGAACAGACGUACUUGACCUUGACCGUUCGCUUGUCACCCGCAUGUGGCAUGAUGUACUGACCAUCCGGGCAGCAUACGCUGUACAGUGCGUGACCUAUCCCAUGAAAUGUUCGCUGCAGUUCUGAAAUGCGUUUUCGAUUAGGAAGGAUUACUUGGUCGCGGUUGUGAUACUGAUUACCUUAAGGCAUACUCUUAUAACAUUUUGGACUCGGUAGGAUGUCGGCUUUUAAAUGCACUUCUUUUCAAUAUCCUGUAGAAAGCGUGCUCGGUAAAAAAUGACUACUUAAGUAGCAUGCAUUUUCCCAUUGAUUUUCGAUGGUCUUUGAAAUUCAAAUAUAUUUUAUAGAAACCAUAAAUAAAAAUAUGCUUUCUUUUAGUCAAUCAAUAAAAAAUUACGUCUUCUUCAUAUUUCAUACUUAAGAAAGGAGUAUAAAUAGGUUUUAAAAAAGUUUCUUAUUAUGAGACUUUUUAAGACUGCGAUAUGUCCAUUCACAUAGCAUCGUACCUGGCCGUUUACCACUGCUCCUCAUGAAGCGUACAACAUGGUCCGCAUCCAUUGCAAAAUUUUAUGGACCCUGUAUGAUAUCUAUUUAAUGACAUAGAAAAAUAUGGGAUUUUCUUUACACGGAACGCAUGCACCUUGUAGAGUGUAAUCACUAAGCGCUAAUGCAACGAAUGAUCAGGUUCCAAAUUGUUCGGCGAUUAGAAAACUUUUUUCAAACCUAAUUUUGCUCCUUCCUUAAGUAUUAAAUAUAAAGAAGAGGUGAUUCUAUAUGGAUUGACUAAAAGAAAGCAUAUUUUUGUUUGUUUAUAUUUGAAUUUCAAAGACCAUCGAAAAUCAAUGGGAAAAUGCAUGCUACUUAAGUAGUCAUUUUUUACCGAGCACGCUUUCUACAGGAGAUUAAAAAGAAGUGCAUUUAAAAGCCGACAUCCUACCGAGUCCAAAAUGUUAUAAGAAUAUGCCUUAAGGUAAUAAUUAUCACAACCGCGACCAAGUAAUCCUUCCUAAUCGAAAACGCAUUUCAGAAUUUCAGCCAACAUUUCAUGAGAUAGGUCGCGCACUGUACAUGCCUGUUAAGACCACUGACCACUGAAACGGACACUAAUAAAAGGCCAUUUAUGGGAAAAUAGCAGAAAAUGGCCACAAAUUCACUACAAGUCACGAAGUAUCUACUGACGCGCUGACGAUGUCUGUUGCAUUUUCAGAUAUAUUUGCCCGUUUGAAAUGCCACUUUUAGGUUGAUGGACGGAUUUUCACAUGUGCAGGAGCAGUCAGCAGAGGAGGUCUUUUUUCAAAAGGUCCUCUCAUUCAAUCGGACUACGCCUUCAAGAAUAGAAUUGUGCGCAUAUUUCUAUACUACGGACUGUACUACCCUAAAUUAGGUAAGCAACUUAGGCCUAAACGGCCCUAUAUUCCAUUAGACAGGCCGCUUAAUAUAUCAAAGUUCAUCGGGUCGACACUGGACCAACAUCUGCGGAACAAACAGAGGAUUGCAUAUGGUACCCAUGAACCGGUCAACUACCUACUUUGGCGAAAAUUUACGGCGACUAAGGCUCUUUCCAUAGAAUAGGUCACAACAUUCCUUAUCGCAAAAAUCUUUGUUUCUUAGAAAAAUUGCUACGACCAAAGUCUAAACAUAAAAUUUCCCCCAAAUGGACAUGCCGGUGGCCAACGUGGUCGAAAAGGAAAUUAAUUUUGAAACAGGCAACUAAUUCUGGCUCUAUCCCCAUGCUUGGUUAUCUUGCGGUCGCUUAUAUUCCGCAAACAUCUUGUUCUUGACGUUAUUCAAAUGAAUCCAACCUCUGCAAACAAAUGAACAUAAGAGGAUGCGGAGUAAUUUAUUGUUCUGCUAGUUAACAAUGCACUCUGCUGAAUGUCAUGCUAGCGUCAAUUCGGCAUUAGACUAUUUUCGGAGUAAGUGUUUCUCAACCUCUCCAUUCAGAUACAGUUGGAGUUUACACAGCCGUCCGAACGCACCUCAGAAUAUUUGUUCCUAGUUGAUUGCUAAUUAAAUCCUUUGUAGCCCAUUUGGGAGCAUUGCAACACUUGAUAUUUUCUUAAAAUUUAAUUGGCAGUUAGUAGCAAUGAUAGUCAGUCCAGUAUAAUUUUAAAGGUGAACUGAGGGAAUCGUCGUUGCAGAGCCAGCCGAACGUGAUCUAUAAACUGACUUGAGGUCAACUUUUCUGAUAGAAGCAAUCAGAUGUUUCCCGAUGAUGAUGUAGUGUGAGAGUUUCCGCGACGUGUUCUCAGUUUUUUUUGUCAAGUGUGUAAAUCUAUCGUUCUAUACAAAGUGUAAAAUAACACGCUUUGAUAUAAGAGUCCUUUUUUAAAACUGAAAAAUCGUUAUCUUUGAAUCAGGCUUUUCCACUAGAAAGGGUAUCACGGGACACUCAAGGCCCAAUUUCAGAAGUAAGUCAAAUCCACUUCGUAGGCGACUCUUAUUCGAAAAUAUAUCUGCCACAAGGGAUUCCUUUCGCUUUUUGCGCAUGGGAUACUCUGUAAACUUUACGUUGGCAGUCUUUUGGUUAUCCUUACUUACUUUAAAGUCUCGUUUUAAAAUCAUACAUGUCCCACAGGGCGGGAAUGUGAACGCCAACUUGUUGCUAACAGUUCGUAUUACCAAAAACUAGAACACACAAAUGUGCUGGACGCUGCUCUGACUGCGUUUUUAAAUUAUGCAUUAGCAGGAACCAGACAUCAGAAAAAAAGCAUCCUAUCAUGUUUAUAAAGAGGUUGAAAUUGGUAGCUUGAAGGAGGACUUUUUACGUUUUUUAGGGAGCAUUUGCAUUAGUUGAGAAAUUAUUGGUACGUCAAAACGACAGAUUGCCUGUAGGCGUCUUUACGGCUAUUUAACACAAAACACUGCACAGAUUUACAAAUCUUAAUUUUCAGAAUCAAAAGGCGCCUACUUUUUCAAGAACAACAUUCUUGUUCAUAUUCUACUUCUCCUAAAUUACGCCGGCGAUAAAAUCGAUUUCCAUGUGGGUGGCAUUUGGUUCGGCAAACGUUUACCCUUCAGAUUAAUGCCUUCACAGAGGCAAACACAUACUGAUGAACAGAUUUAACCUAGGACAGUUGUCUUUGUAUAAAGUAAUUUUGAUGUAAACUCAGAUUUGUAAACACUUAAUCUAAUAAAUUUGUUUAGAGGCAUAUUACGAACAAAAGGAGGAAACUUUCUUGAACGGACUAGGCGGAUAAGUAAAAUGUAUGACCCCCGAUCUGGCCGUAAAUAAAUGCCUAAAUAGCCAAAAUUACGUUCCCUGAGGUACGCUGUCUUCUGAAGGACUGAUUAAAUUGCGGCUAAGCAACAUUUCUAGGCCGAAUUAAAUAUGCUAAACUCUAGUUUAAAAAAUUGCUGUAAUUGUGUGUAAUGCGGGUUCGCGAUAAUCGCCCACUUCGUCUGCAAGACAAGUUGAGACCUGCUUGAAGCCUGUGCCUAGGAUGGGAACUUAGUCAAUUGGUGCGUCGACCUGGCGUCGGCAUACAGAGCCUUGCCCAGUCACCUUCAGACUUGCAGUAGGUGGGCUAACUGCUGAAAUGUCAACCGAAUCUCCGAAAUGCGUUUUCGUUCCAAAAAGAUUAAUUAAAUAGGGUUGUUAAACUAAACAGCCUGCAGUAUAAUUCUGUAGUAAUUCAGUUGCCUCAGACUGCCAGCGUUCAAACGAACUGCUUUUCGGCUGUGUGCAAAAUAUAUACUCUGUAAAAAAUGACUAGUUAUGUAGUAUGCAUCUUUUCAAUUGAUUUCCGAAGCUUUUAAAAAUUUGAUUACAUUUUAUAAAAAACAUGCAUAAAAGUAUUUAUUCUUUUGCUCUUGCGGUAGAAAAUUAUGUCUUCCUACAAUUGUAUACUUGAAGAAAGGGUAUGAUUCGGUUUUCAAAAAUUUUCUAAUUGUGAGUUUUUUAAUACUGUGAAAUGGCCAUUCAUAAAACGUCCUUUCUCUGCAUUUACCAAUGUGGCUUGUAAUGCUAACAAUAUGGCUCAAAUCCACUGCUAAAUUUUAUGAACUCCAUAUGGUCUCCUCCUAAUACCGUAGAAAAAUGUAUGGUUUUCCUUAAGCGGAAAAUAUACGACUUGUAGUUCGGAAACCCUGAGUGAAUGUGUAACGGCAGGUCGGGUUCAAAAUUACUCGGGAAUUAGAAAUGUUUUUGAAAAACAAAUUAUGCCCUUUUUCGAGUAAAAAAUUAAAACAAAACGUAAUAUUUUACCUAAUGAUAAAAAGAAUAAAUAUUUUUCGCACGUUAUCCAUGAAAAAUGUUUAACUUUUUUAAGGGCAUCGAAAAUCAAGGAGAAAAAUUCAUGAUACGUAAGUAGUCAUUUGUUAGAGAGUAUAGUUUCUGAAUGCAGCUAAAAAGAAAUCCGCUCAGAAGUCGGCAUCCUGAGGUAACUGAAAUAUUAUAGACUUAUGUUGCAGGCUGAUCAGUUUUACAAUCCUACUAAAUAAAUCUUCACGAAACGAAAACUCAUUUCAGAAUUUCGGUUGACAUUUCUUGAGUUAGCCCACCUAAUGUGUGUCAUUGACCGUUCAUUGGCUAAUGCCUCCUGUAACUGCUGCUGGGACUGUUGCCUUAGUCAUAUCUGGCGAUGGACUCCUGCAAGAGUUCAAGGUCUCAGUGCAGAAGACAAACUGCCUCUUUGCUAUACCAGAAUUUUCCUUCUUUACUUAAACAAACACCUGGAAGUUGAACAUUCGCGUACAUUUGUGUGCACGGUAUGAUUUACUGCAUGAUAUUCUGGAAAUCAGGAACCGUCAGCAUUGUGCCAACCAGGGAUGUGCACCGUUUAAAUCAAAGAUAGCCAAAAAGAAUGCUUAGAUAUUUGUGAAAAUAAGUACUUGGAAAUUAUUUGUCAAAGGACCAGUUAUGCAAGAGAUUGACGCGAAUAGCGAUCAGUAUAGGGCAAAUCACUGUCGAAAACAAGGAAAGCCAUUGCAUGCAAAUCAGAUUACACUAACGAAUGGCAAAGAAUAUAGAGGUUGAGUAGUUUUUUGAAACUUGCGUUUACUUAUGCUUCACGCACAGACCUGACAGGUAUUGUAGUGUCCAGACCGUUUAGAGUACUCUGUUUACUGCACCUAUUAACAACAAAGGCAAUUUUUCAUGAAUCGCGCGAUUCGGUCUCGUCUAGCGUCAGUUCAUCUGGUAGUCGCGAGGACAUUCUAAUAGUCCUUAAGUAUAAACUACCCUCCGGACUGAAAAUGGUCUCUUGGCCACCGAUGGAGAGCUCUGUCGUUGUCUGUUAGAUCAGUUUUUUUGCACUACGUGUCGCUAUGCCUUCUAAAAGAUGAAACUGAGCGGUAUUUUGCAACGGCUAUGCUGUCCUCUUGAGGCAGGUAAGUACUGUUUUAGUCAAGAAUGUCGUUCACUGCGUAAGCAGAUUAUGUGGUGUUAGUCCUAUCAUUUGUUCAUCUAUAGGCUGAUGGCUCACAGAACUUGAUUGUCAUCUGAAAAUUUAGGCGCAGAUAGAUCGUGAGGGCAUUAUUUCCCUAGUGACGUAUCAGGGAAGUUUUACCAGCAAUUUCUCCUCCUGGCUGCCUUCAAAGACCUUUCUUAACAUACCACCAUGCGGCGUAAAUAAAUACUCUUUGAGAAGUACGGUCAACAAUCAACAAGAGAAGGACAUGCUCUGGUUGUUUUCGUACUUUAAAACAAAGUCCUCAUGAUAUUUGUACAAACAGAGGUCAGAUUCCUUCACUAGCUCCACAAUAAUGCACAGAGUACGUUUGAAAAUCCCCCUAAUUAGUAGUUAUGUGGCAUACAAUCGCGUGUUCAGGGUGUUCAACGGGAAAACUCCUCAUCCCGCUUGUUUCUACAACGGUUUUGUCCAGUCUGUUCCUCAAAACGACUGCAUCAUCAAGAGUCAAGUACAGAAUGACGAUGCUCGUGUUUAUAAUUCCCGUGCUAUGGGCCAUGCGGCGACCCUCAAGUUGCUAAUUUCAGUUUUUUUCCAAAAUCUUCAGUAGCCGGAAUUUUCUUUACGACACAGGCGAAGACGCAAGUUCCAGGAUCUAGUUGGUAAGAAGAAGAAGAAGCCAUCGCCGGAACAAAAACUUUAUUCGCCUGACGUUUCGGAUUCUCACUUGAACCCAUCAUCAGAGACAGUGGCAGAAAUGUGUGAUUCGUAGCCUAAAGGCCAAAGUGUUCAGGAAAGCGACGAACACGAUACAAAUACUGAACUUUAACAGCAACGAUCCAAUCAGCCACAAGCGCAGUUGCGUAGGAACGCUAUAUCGGCAUGUUGAGACGUACUGCAGUGAAGCGGAGGGCAAGGUUGCCGAAUCCCAAUAUCUUCGACGGGCUUUCAGAGAAAAUUGUCACCCGCGCAACUUCGUCAACCGGUGCAUGCGCAAACGAGAGGAGCAAAAAAAAUCGUACCAACCCUAAAUGCUGGCGAGCGAUCCCGUAAAGCAAUAACGUCCCCGAGGCCGUUAGUCGUCUUCUCGCGCCGCUUGAGGUUGGAGAUGCACACAGACCGGAGGCCACCAUGAGGCGUCAGGUGAUGACGCCAAAAGACCUAAGGCCAUGGAAAAAACAUCUGACGUCGUUUACCGGAUCUGGUGCAGUUGCGGGCAAAACACCUAAGUCGGAGAAACUGGAAGACUGCUCCGGACGCGAGUUGCCGAACACGCGCCAGCGGUGCGGAGAAAUGGCGCGAACUCUCAGGUCGCGGCCCAUUUGACGAGACCCGGCCACACAUUCAAAUUCAAUGAGACAGGGGAUAAUCGCGUGAGCCGCGAGCUGCUUGAGUCAUGGUUAACGGGACCUCAGUCAAUCAACAAGUGCAACGACAUCCCCACUCCAUAUUCCGUGUGAAGCAAAGGCUGGACAAAGUAACUGACCACUCGGAGAGUGCGUAAGCCAGUGAGCCAGAUGGCUGUGCAAUCACCACGCCAGCAUCCAACACAGGUGAUGAGAUUUCGGCAAUUAACAACUUGCUUGCCGGACAUCAAGCAAUUAGCUCUCUAGCGGGCGAAAAAUCUUGAUGAAGCGGAAUGCGGUUAAUGACUAGAGGUAUGCGGUAGCAUAGCGACUGCAUCCUAUAAAUACUGCAACUUACUGUGCACGAGUCACCCUUUUCUGCCGCUGUGUCUGAGGAUGGGUUUAAGUGAGAAUCAGAAACGUUAGGCGAAUCAAGCCCUUGUUCCAGCGGUCGGUUCUUCUUCUUAUCAGAAUCUUUCUUCUCAUCCUUAUUGAAUGGAACUACGGAUUAGCAUCGUGUCAAAACCCGUGACUAAUGUCGUCCCCAGAAGUAGCGGCCUAACACAGUCAAAUAGAAGUGUGGUAUGCAGGCAUCAGUGUUAGUCACUUCUGUACUGAAUAGAAAAAUAUGCAUGCACUUAAUAGUGUUGCCCUAGUUUCCGCUACAUGUGUCGUGGUGGCAUUUAGGAGUUUGCGGCGGCGCACGACUCCCCAACAUUCCACGGCGACAUUUUUGUCAGAUAAAUAACGACUUUCAAAAGAUGGUAAAUAAAUAUUUCAAAGUGAGCUGGAGCAAGAAGUCGAGAAUCGCGUGAGUGCAUACUAAACAGGUUAGUAGUUGAGUAAUGCCAACCGCCACUCUCAUUAAAGAGAAUAAAUUGUAAAGAUUUUCAGGCGUCUAAAGAGUCAGUAGAUGCUGUAUACACAUUGAGAUGAUGUCUGCGGCUGCUUAUUUAGAAAAAAAUGUUUAAAGUUCGUUAGAGUAUUUGGUCAAAAAUAUUCAUUUUCAAAUGCACUUGCCGGCAGUGAAACCUUUCAGCUUAGGAUGUUGCUUUCAGCCCGCCCAUUUCCCCAUGGGCAAUCUUUUGUUUUUAAGCAGAAAAGCAUUAAUGUUUCCUUCUGUUAUCAUUCGGAUUAUUAGGUUAUUUAUUUCAACUUGUCGCACUGUAAGAAUGACAGUGCGUCACUUUUACUUAACAUGCAUAUUCACGUUCAAUAAUAAGUAAACAUAUAUAUGCACGUCUAUGAAACACUGUAUUUAGGAAUAUUGAGGGGAUGUUAAUCAAUUGAAAUUGUCGAUUCUUCCCGUCAGUCAGAUUAUAAUUUCCUAUUUCUAAAAUGCUGCAACACUUGGUUGAUUUGUAAUCAUUUUUUGAAGGAUGUUUGGUAACUGACACUGGUACACGAUAUUUGAGUGCGUCUCAGGAAUUCAGGGAAAGCAAAAUGGAAAUGUGUAAGUACUGAGCUCAGCAGCGAAGAGCAAUAUAGUCUAACAGGUUUCUAACCAUUGUGGUCGCAGAUUUUGUGGUUGAUAGGCUUAUUAUUUAAAUACGACUGUAUACUAUUUCCCAUCACUAGCAAAGCAUUAUGUAAACAAGGAUUUACUAAAGUAUUAGUUAGGUGUCUCUUCCCGGCCUUGCUAAGGCACCUGUCGCUCACAAUCUGUCAUAGGCGCCCUUUCUGUGGACUCCAAAAGUGCAACUAGAUUUGACCUAGUACCUAUUUUCUUGCUGUCAGGAAUCCCAAAAAUCCCCUUUCCUUGGAUGAAUUAACUGACCUGCUUUGCUGCAUAGGCAAAAAGGGAAGGUAUUGGCCACGCCUUGUAGGGAACAACUCCGCUGUCAGAAACGUCACCGCUUGCCAUCUGCGAUUGGUCGACCGUUUCAGCCUACAUAUCUGCCGCUCCCUUUGCACAGAAGCUGAAAAUGCCGAUUAACAUACAGGACUUUGGGGCGUCGUUUCUAGUGAAAAAUCAUCGCUCCAUUAGCCUUCAGCACAACUGGAAACAGCGCAUUCCGCGAGUAGCCAAAAACGCACAGGCAGUGAUAAAUCAAAAAGCCUCCGAUUCACAAAAUGGAACUUUAACACCGACUCUCCACAGUCCAACAGGGGAAAACCCCCUCAGAGCGCUGAAAAGCCUUCGGAAGUGGACCAGAGCCCCGCGAGUACUCAAGAAGAUCGUAAGCUGCCUGCUCUUUCGACUACUGCCAUUUGCGCUCCUAGUUCUUGGUCUCGGGCUCUGUGUCGCAGGCUGGAUUCUGGACGUGAAACUGUGGUUUUCUGUGGGAUGUGUCCUUUCAAUCGCCGCACUGGGCGCAGGUAUUCAGUGCUGUGCCUCCCACCGCUCAACUCCCAGCUCCUUCUCACGCGCAACGGUAGUAAAUAACGAUACUCUGCAGGCCAUAGAGCAGAUGAAAACGAGCAGGGAGAACGGUCCUACUGCCGCAAAUGGAGGGACAGAGACAACACUUGAGGGAACCGAGAGAGCUGUUAACAAGCCGUCCCAAUUGCCGGAACAUCAGGAGGAGGCGGCUCUGGUGCAGGGCCAACGACGGCACACUGUAGCUUUUGAUAGUCUGCUGGAGGUGCGACGUCUGAGUUUGGCCGUGAAUAGGGCCGUUUCAGAGCUCUCCCAGACAAGUACUAACGCAGGGUUCGGAAGCAGACGGCUUGCUAGCUACGCAGGCACUAUUAUGCUAACUGGGAUGCCUGUCUUGCCUCAAGCGCACCUGGAUGGUGCUUUUAAUUGGCAAAAUGAUCUUGGUUACUAUGGUUACCCAACAAGCAGGGCGUCAAGGUUGCGCCGGUUUUCCCAAUGGCAAAUGCCGAUAUGCUGAUAUUCAAUGUUCUGGACAAUUUCGUCCGACGAUUUCGUGCUUUAUGUUUUUGUAAUCCUACAUUACUACUUAAUUUAUUUAGAAAAUCUACGUCUGUAAAUGUUUUUUUUAAAUAAGUCUAUGCCUUUUAAUGUCGAGAUAAAUACUUGAAUGACAAUAAACGUGACUAGAAUGGCCAGUAUUCCGUUGCAUAGUCGCAUAUCAAUACAAAACUCAUUUAGGGAAUUUUCCCAACCAGCCGCCCGUUAGAUGACACGAAAUAUUCUUAAUAACGAAAUGGAAAUUGCUGAUGGAAGCUAACAGGAGAGUUCCAGGAAGCAGUUUAGGAGACGAAGAUGCGAUCAUUGGAACAAGUGAUAGCAUCUUUUCACUGUGUCAGUUGAUUUUCCAAUUCGGGUCAACCUUGGAUACUUCCGCACUGAUUGCGGGAAGACAUGUGAAUGUAUGGCCGAUGGUGAGAUGCAGGCAUUCACGCCAGCACUUGCAAAACAGAAAAGACUCCAAUAAGCUGAUUAUUUUAAGUAGGCUAGGACAUACCGAUAAGAUAAACACAAUGUUACAGUGACAUACUUGCUUCCUGUUGUACUCUGAGUGCCAAAGUUUCUCCAAGCUUGGGUCAGCGAUCGGUUAUUCUGGUGCAAAAUGGCGUCAGACGGACUAAAGCCUGCCAGAAAAAAAUUAACUCCAUUGGCUUUUGCUUCCACCAAGAUCGGCCCAUAGAUGUAGCUCGACAACUUGGAAUACUAGCAGUCAUGCCGCUUUGAAGAAAUUUGUGAACCGUUGUGAAGGAAGUCCAUCUGAACCUGUUACGUCUAUGAUGGGAACAUAUGACCAACAGGCUAACGAUGCGAUAAACAUGUCGGAAGGGACUAUGCCAGUCAUCACUGUCAUUGUCGAGAACAGUUCUAAAAUACAAAUGACUACUUGGCAAGCUGAUAUAGGCUUCCGAAAAAGUCUCGCCAGGCCAGUAGAUUUACAUGGUGUCGAGGUUAAUUCAAGUAGGUAGAUUCUUCUAGAAGCCGACGAACUUCGUUUCAGUCCGAACUGUGAUUUAGGAAUUGAAUGCUUCGGUCGCAUUAGGACAAAAAUGUAUCAUUGCAAGACAAGGAGUAAACGAAAAAAGCCUCCUCGACAACAAUACACACUGUAUGUGAUUUUUUUCCGAGGAAAUACGAAUUUUCAUGUGAAGCCACGAUUAAUUGUUUUCGCAGUACCCUGAAACAAUCGAUGCAAUUUAAGGUACGCUUGAGAUUUUUGCGUACUAGUUGAAUUCUGCUAAACUAAUCUUGGAAUUUUCAUGUGGUUUUUUUGGAUUAAGAAAAAGUUUUAAAACACUUCCCGAAAGAUACCUUUGUCGAAACUUAUAAGAAAGAUUUGUACUACUAUUUUGGGCUAAGUUUUUACCCCAAACGGACAACAUUCAACAUCUGGUCACAAGAAGCAGAAACCGGAAUAUAUUGUGCCUGCUUAUCAAUUCAUAGCAUUUCUGUUGAACCGUGGACCAAGUAAGACGAAUGCAGUCGGUGUUAUUUAAUUACUAGGGAUAGGGUUUACUAUCUGAUUGACUAUGAAAUGAUCGCGAUUUCUAUCCGAGAUUCUAAACUCUUUUUAAUUUUAAUCCUCAUACUAUCAGUUUAGUAGUCUACAAAAAAACAUAUUUGAAAAUACAUUUCUCAUAUUGUCAUUAAUUUAAAAACCUAAACAUCCAAACAAUGCUGAAUGCGCUUUUCAAUCACGCAGUAAUGCAAUGUGUUUGUAUGUUGUAAAAUGUCCCCUGAUAUUUGUGUUAAAAACGAGUCCAAACGUAUUAACUUCCAGAAAAUACCAUCUUUGAUGGUGAAAGUCUAAAUAUAAAGUCGAAAACCGCCUAUUUACAAGUACAUGCGCAAUUUGUUUAUGGUAGAUUAAGUCCUAAAAUAUGCAAAUGCUCGUCGUAUCAGCCCCUGUUAUCCAGACUGCUAAUAAAUAUCGACUCUAGAAAGUUAUUCCUAUGUCCAGGCAUGAACUAAAUUACUCUGGCUGUUUUAGCGGAAAAAACUGAUAACAUUUUCUUUGCACCUAUGUCAUAAAUUAAGAAACGCGUACCAAAUCAUAUUACUUUCAUGUAAAUAAAAAUCACAAAUUACUAAACGUUAUUGCACUUUGGAUUCAUCCGAGGGACUAAUGCUUGAACACUGGAUAACCAGUGUAAAUUGAUACGAUCUGGAGAGCUUCCAGAUUAUUUGAAUAACGACUGCACAUCAGUUUCUCAAACGAUUAUAGGAAUAGCGGAUUCUCUGUAGAGGCCCACCUUAGCAGUUCUAUCUAUGCUACGUACUCCUGGUCAAUAAAUGCGGCUGGUUAUAGGGACUAACUGUUCAGUGAUGCAGUUUUUAUAAAUUUAAAAUGCAGAUUGACUGGGUGCAUAUCUUGACAUUCAAAAUUCCUAAUGACCCAGAAGCUGACUCAAGUGUAUUGACCAAUUUUGUCAACAAAAAUGAUUCAAUCUCAGUUAAAUUAACAUACUGUUCCUGUUCACGAAAUUCCCAGAAGGGUGCUCAUGAUGUGCGUGAGCAAACGAAACAACUGAUGCUUCUUUCCUAGUACUGUUGCCUUUGUGGAUGUUGACGUGCAGAUGAAAUAGUAAAAAAAAGAAGUCGGCCCACAUUGGCUGCAUAUAAAAUAUCAUUUAACCAGGUAGACUGCACGCGUUCCGUUUGUCAUUUACGUAUGAUCAUAAAUUCAAACUAAAAACAUUAAAUUGGUAAUUUGGUGGCGGAGUUUUGCAACUGCAUGUUUAGUAGAUUGCAGGCUUUGAAGCACAAACAAUCACCCGCUGACGUUGUUCUUUUAAAACACAAGAGUGUAGAAAUAAGUAUGUCGUAAUUUUUCGAAAAGCGAACUUCUGUUUAACAACACUGAAGGGCGAUUUCGGGGUGAAAUGUCUUAUAGAGGAGAGGCGUUUACUUGGAGAGGUUUAUUUCAGGCCUAAUAUUUCAAAUAUUGGUUCCGUUUACUCAUUUUCAGAGAACCGGACCUAUGCCCAAGACUCAAAUCUCUGAGGAUGGAUACACGGUAUCACUGCUCAAAACGUCGGCCUCAAAUCAACCUCCUCCAGCAAACGUCCUUUUGCCUUCUGAACUUUCGUUAUUUCAAAAAUAA